AUGCGGACUCGGCGAUUCGACCCGUAUGCGAACAUACGUGGAGCGCCGGCAAACCGUGGAUUCCAAAGAUUACCACGAGGACCUGGAAAUGCCGCCCGGAGAGACGCGCAGGAAAAUACGGGAUACAACUGGGAACGUUUUCAGAGGGAAGAAACCGUUGGAAGCACAAGCCUGUAUCCAACCCAGAUUCCCCCUCCCAAGCUUAUCCAAACUGUAAGAUUCGAGAAUCCUCCAACACCAGCUCCAGAGAAGUCUUCUAGAAGUCAAGGAACAUACAACAUUUGUGCUUCGUGGUUAGCCAAAAAUAAGAGUAUCAUACGUCAGAAGGAGGUGCAGGCGAUCACAGUGACCGAUGAAAGAAGCGAUGAAAAUGUGUUGGAUCAAACUUUCAGUCUAAAUAUAAGCGCCGAUGUAGCAGAAGUGACAACUGAAGUCGGAUGUGAUGACGACGAAGAUAUCAUCGUUCUACAAGAGAGAAUUGGAAGUCCUGCAGUUUCAGAAGACAGUGAUUCUGAGCCGACGACGUCUCAAAAGGUAGUGGAGAAGCCGAAAGAAGAAGGCGGAAAGAAGGAUUUCAGGCAAAUUGAGAAAUCUGACUUAGAAGAAGGAGAAUUGUCGGACUCGGACGACAGUAUCGUACUGAUCGGAGAAUUUCCGAAAAGCAUCAAACCCGACGAAACAAUGACACAGUUGGAGACUAAAAUGGCUGAAACAUUCUGGUCGAAAGCUCCGUCUUCUUCUCUUCUCACGAAUCCUACCAUCAACUCGACCACCUUCGCCCCUGCACGUCUAAUGAUUCCUUCAAAUAUUUCUGACGGCUUCUCCAAAGAUUGCAUAUUCUCCAAUCGACAAAUCCGUCAGUGGAAUAAAAUCAAAUUGAAACAUUCCAUUCUUUCGAGCUCUCCGACUCCGUCCUCCGAGUUCACAGUGUGCUCAUACAAUGUCCUUUGUCAGAAGACGAUCGCGAGAACUGCGUACCUUUAUCGACACUUGGAUCAGUGUCAAGGGUUUUUGGAGUGGACGAAUCGUUGGAAGGGCCUUCAGGAGGAGAUUCCAACGUUCAAUGCAGAUAUUCUGGGAUUGCAGGAAGUACAAGCCGAUCAUUACUUGUUACAUUUUGCCCCUUUUAUGAAGCAACAUGGCUACGAAGGCAUCUAUAAACAAAAAUUCGGCACUGAAGUGAAGGACGACGGGUGUGCUCUUUUCUACCGUCCUGGAAAAUUCGAAUUCGUUAAAUAUCAAGAAGUGAACUAUUUUGUAUCGAAAAGCGCAAUAUCGAAUCGAGAAAACAUUGCUCAAAUUCUGGCUCUUCGUUGUCGUGUUACAAAAGAAGUUGUUCUGGUGGCCAACACCCAUUUGCUAUUCAAUGAAGAGCGUGGAGAUGUGAAGUUGGCACAGUUGGCGAUUCUGUUUGCAUCGAUUCAACAAAUGAGGGAUAAUUUGGGAAAACAGUCAGAUUUCAAUUGCUCCAUUCCGCCGGUUAUCAUUAUGGGAGAUUUUAAUAUGGAGGCACACUCUUUGGUCUAUGACUUUGUGGUCAAAGGAUGUGUUCUUGUGGAAGGACAAUUUGUGAGAAGAAUGAGUGGUCAAUCCGUGAGGACCGGCGGCAAAAAGUGUGAUUUUCGCGAGCUCCUCUUCCAGACAACAGUUGGCACGAAUUCGUCAUUUGAGUCAGGAAAACCGUUACUCGACGGAUGCAUGCGACACCCGUUCAAGUUAGAGUCUGUCUAUCACCACGACCUCGCCACCGUUACUCCAUUCCGUACUCGAUGCAUUUCCACAUAUCACAAAGAUGCCGCGGCUCCGGAUUUCAUUUUCUACACAAAGGAUCGCACUAAAGAAGAUAUCCAAAAACUGCAAGUACUCGAAAGAUUCGGUCUACCGACGGCCGACACUCUGAUUGGAGCGACGCCAUGGCCGAAUCGCCACGUGCCCAGUGAUCAUCUUCCGAUUUUAGCGAAACUCAAGUUAACCAAAGACGUUUUAUAA